AUGUCGGGAAUUUUAAGCAAGCGACAGCUUGCGCGGAAUGAGCAGGCACUUCAAGAACUUGUGAAAUUGCCAGGAAAUAAUGUUUGCGCAGACUGCCAGGCAAGGAAUCCAGGAUGGGCAAGUUGGAGUCUGGGAAUAUUCUUAUGCAUGCGUUGCGCUGCCUUACAUCGAAAGCUGGGAACACAUAUCACAAAAGUUAAAUCAUUGAGUAUGGAUUCAUGGUCGAAAGAUCAAGUAGAUCAUAUGAAGAAGACUGGAAAUGUCGCGUCAAAUCGAAUCUACAAUCCUCAAAAUACUCGACCUCCGAUCCCGAUUGAUGCCGAUGAAGCAGAUUCCGCCAUGGAACGAUUUAUACGACAGAAGUAUGCCAACGGGCCGCCAGCCCAGAGACGGAAUAACACUGGUAGUUCGAGCUCAGACGAUCAUCCUCCACCGCUUCCUCCCAAAAAUGGGACCAAGUUCGGCUUCAGAUCGGCUUCUUCCAUUUUCCCCCUAUCCUCAAAGGCGAAAAAAGACAAUGCGGAUGCGCAGGCAGAAUUUGAUCAUUAUAGCCAAGCGCCAUCACCUCCGAGGAAGAAUAAGCAUUCAAGAAUAUUCGGUACUUCCCUUGACGCAACGGAUGAUCUCGAGUCGAAGUUGGUCAAAUUGCGAGACAUGGGGUUCAGGGACGAGAAGAGAAAUAAGGACGUGCUAAAAGGCUUGGGUGGAAAUUUAGAGAAAUCUAUUGAAACUCUAGUUCGACUGGGCGAAGGUGGUUCCAGUGCAAGAACGGCAUCGUCUAUAAAUUCUUCUGGGCCGCGAACCCCAGCUAGCCCACCCGGUCUAUCAUUUGAGCGACCUCAAGCAACCAGUCCCCCUGUAUCAUCGGCCUCGAAUAACCCAUUUGAUAGACUUGACAAUCCAGUAUUUCCUCAGGCACAAUCUACACAAUCUACUGGUUCCAUGGCACAAGGCCAUAAUCAGAUGAUGGAAAGCAAUCCAUAUCAAAAUAUUGCGAGCACAAAUCCAUUCGGGUUAAUGCCGUCACAGUCACAACUAAAUCUCAACCAGGCCUUUCAAAACAUGUCGGUCUCUUCAUCACAGCCUCUUUUCCCUCACCACACAGGGGGGCUGCCUGGUUCUCAGCCCCCACCAGUGCAGCAAUUAUAUCAGCAAUCUAUGACACCCCCAGUUCCAUCUCUACCACAACAUCAAUAUGGUCCAGUCAUAUACGAAAAUCCAGGUCAACAGCCUCAAUUACAGCAAAAUGAUCGAAACAACUUGAAUACUAAUCCAUUCAUGCAACAAGCAUCACCGCAACCAGUCGUAAAUACCAAUCUUCAGUCGAACCCAUAUAUGCAACAAUCGGUGAUGAAACAACCUCUAUUCGCAAGUCCAGUCACUCAAACGCCACAACAGCAGUAUCCUCCCGGGAGUUACAACAUGGGAAUGCAGAAUCCUCCACAACAAAUGAAUCCUUUCUUCAACCAGGCCAGUGUACAACAGCAACAACAACAACAGCAACAACAACAACAGAGGUCGCAAAUGCAGUAUGGAUACCAGCAGCAACAGCAACAGCAACCACAAUCACAGUACCAACAGCCUCUAGUUCAGCCCCAGCAAGCUCAGUAUGAUCAGUUUCGACAGCAAACUUACCCUAUGAUGCCACAGCAGACUGGAAGGUUAGUUGAUAAGCGCAGUAUUUUGGAUCUUUACAAUCACCCCCAAUUAGCGCCUACUCAGAUUCAGCAGCAGCAACAACCAGAACCUAUGCAACAACAGGCAGCUCAAGUCGUGGAAAUUCCCCAGCCCAGUGGACAAAUGCCAGGCGGCAGUAAUAACCCCUUCAUGUCCAACGUAGCGGUAGCACCGACCACCUCCAACGGAUCUGGUAGACAAAUUAGUCGGGAGAGUAUGAUGAUAGAUGCUGGGGGUUGGCAAAACGGGAGACAUAGUCCAGACGCAUGGGGACAAAUCAGUGGAAGGCGGUAA